CCUUCCACUAACUUAAUAUCUCUUGAGGUAUUUCAGAGCUCAGGCCUCUGUUAGCUUCUGCGAGGCUCAGAGACACACCGGGAGCCACACUGUCCCAUGAUAACUGGAAAAAUGAAAUGAACUGAGAAGAACACCUCAUCCAUUAACAACAAGUGAAGAAAGAGCUUAUCACCAUGGAGCCAAAAGUAUCAGUGACAUCUCCCCAGGACAGGCCGGUGCCUCGAUGGAGUCUGGGCUCCAACUCUGGUCUACAUUAUGGCUCUUUUGUGAACAGCCUUUCAUCACUUACACCACAGGCAGACACAGAUGAGAAACCAGCCAUAUCCAAAAGACGUUCCUAUGUAGCUGUAGCCGUGCUUUGCUACAUCAACUUGAUCAACUACAUGGAACGAUACACUAUAGCAGGUGUCCUCCUCAACAUUCAGAAAUUCUUUGAGAUAAGUGACAGCACAGCCGCACUCCUACAAACAGUCUUCAUCUGCAGUUUCCUGCUCUUGGCCCCUCUCUUUGGUUAUCUUGGAGACCGCUACAACCGGAAAUACAUCAUGAUUGGUGGUUUGACUGUCUGGCUUGCAACUGCAGCUGGAAGCUCAUUUGUCACUGUGUCUCACUUCUGGCUUCUGAUGCUGUUGCGAGGCCUGGUCGGGGUAGGAGAAGCCAGCUACUCCACCAUUGCUCCCACCAUCAUCGGUGACCUCUUUACUGGGGGUCAACGGAGUGCCAUGAUCUGCAUCUUCUACAUCUUUAUCCCCAUCGGAAGUGGUCUUGGAUAUAUAACUGGAGCAGGAAUCGCCACUGCCACAGGGGACUGGCGCUGGGCUCUCAGGAUCACUCCCAUCUUGGGUGUAGUGGGUAUGGUCUUGCUGAUCUUUUUAUGCCCUAACCCACCCAGAGGUGCUGCUGAAACCCACGGAGAGGGAGUUACAGGGCAGAGCCCUUACCUGGAAGAUGUGAAGUAUCUUCUAAAAAAUAAAAGUUACAGGUGGUCAACAUUGGGAGUGACGGCUACGGCCUUCCUCGUUGGAGCCCUGGCUUUCUGGACACCUACUUUUCUGUCCAGAGGUCAGGUCCUUCAGGGACUCCAACCACAAUGCACUAAAGAACCCUGCAACACCACAGACAGUUACAUCUUUGGAGCUGUGACCUUGGUGACGGGCAUUAUGGGAGGGUGUCUUGGCACUCUUUUAUCUAGACGGUUCAGGGACAAGGUGCCAAACGCAGACCCAAUCAUCUGUGCAGUAGGCCUGCUGGGAUCAGCCCCCUGCCUCUUUGUCGCCAUCUUUGUGGCAUCAGCAAGCAUUCCUGCUACUUAUGUGUUCAUUUUCUUAGGUGAAGUACUGAUAUCGCUGAACUGGGCUGUCAUGGCUGAUAUACUGCUGUAUGUUGUUAUACCAACCAGAAGAUCCACAGCUGAAGCUCUCCAGAUUUCAGUCUGUCAUCUCCUGGGUGAUGCUGGGAGUCCUUACCUAGUAGGAGUGAUUUCCGAUGCUAUAUCAAAAACUAAACCUGAAAGUUUUGGUUGGCGCUUCCAUAGUCUGAAGUACAGCCUCCUGAUCUGCCCAUUUGUUGGAAUCCUGGGUGGACUAUUUUUCCUCCUGACCUCCUUCUACAUUGCUGAAGACAGGACGGCAGCUAUGCGAUUGGUUGAAGAAGAUCCACCUCCACCACCUCCUUCAGAUCCCACAUCUGAGCCCUCCAUGGAGCUGAGCACCCAGGAGAUUAAAAAGGAGUAAAGCUGGACAAUGCAAAGCAACCAUUUACCUGUACAUACCUAAAGUUAAGUUAAAAACUACUGGUGUAGACAGCAGGAUGUUAAAGAUGACUUGAAAAUAUCUUUUUUUUUAUGUCUGUCAGACCAUCAAAUGCCUUUUUUAAAAAUGUUGAAACAAUAAUUUUGUAUUUUCUACAGUUUACUUUAAAAUCUGUGCAGCAUGCAACAACCCCUACCACUGGACCCACGAUAAUACUACCAACCAUUCAGGUCUGCUGUGCAGUAUUGUUGAAAAGUAAAUGCUUUUAAAUUUCAAUAAAUUUUAAAUUGUUAAUGAG